AUGGAGACUAGAAACAAUGUUACAGAAUUUGUUCUACUGGGGCUCUCAGAGAAUCCACAGAUGCAGAAAAUCAUAUUUGUUGUGUUUUUCCUCAUCUAUGUCAUCUCUGUGGUAGGAAAUUUGCUCAUCGUGGUCACCAUCAUUGCCACCUCAUUGUCUGCAUCCCCCAUGUACUAUUUCCUGGCCUAUCUCUCCUUUAUUGAUGCCUGCUAUGCCUCUGUCAAUACUCCUAAGCUGAUUGCAGAUUCACUCCGUGAAAAGAAGACAAUCCUAUUCAAUGGCUGCAUGGCCCAAGUCUUUGGGGAACAUUUCAUCGGAGGUGCUGAGGUCAUCCUCCUCACUGUGAUGGCCUACGACCGCUAUGUGGCCAUCUGCAAGCCCUUACACUAUGCGACCAUCAUGAAUCGAAGGGUAUGUGACCUGCUUAUGGGUGUGGUAUGGGUGGGAGGCUUUCUUCAUGCCACCAUACAGAUCCUCUUCAUCUUGCCACUGCCCUUCUGUGGUCCUAAUGUCAUAGAUCACUUUAUGUGUGACCUGAAUCCUUUGCUCAACCUGGCCUGUAUGGAUACUCACACUCUAGGGCUCUUUGUUGCCGCCAACAGUGGGUUCAUCUGUGUGUUGAACUUCCUCCUGUUGAUGGGCUCCUAUGUGGUGAUUUUGCACUCUCUGAAGAACCAGACUGCAGAGGCAAGGCAGAAAGCCCUCUCCACCUGCGUCUCCCACAUCACGGUAGUCGUCUUGUUCUUUGUGCCCUGCACAUUUAUGUACCUAAGACCUGCUGUUACUUUACCUAUUGAUAAAGCUGUUGCUGUGUUCUACACGAUGAUAACUCCCAUGUUAAAUCCCUUAAUCUACAGCUUGAGAAAUGCCCAGAUGAAAAAUGCCUUUAGAAAGUUGUGUAGUAGGAAAACUUUUCCAGGUGAUAAAUAA